AUGUCUCUGUCCAGCCCAGUGUUUAUGCCGAGCGGAGACAUGACUGAAGUGAUGAUCAGCAGCACCCCCAUGGAGGACAUGAGGCUCAGCCCCAGCAAGGACCGGCUCUCCUUCCAGGUAACUAACACACAUACUAACACCAGUUUUUGUCCCAGAGGGAAAUUGGUUUGCAGCAAGAUUGUGGUACAUAACCCAUAAGGGCAGGGCUCUACGCUGACCUUUUUUACAAGGAGCACUUGUGUGCCUAAAUUGGAAAGUUUAAGCACACACAAAGAAAUGUAGGAGCACAAUGAAAAAGAUGUGAGGUAAUAAAGCUAGAAUCUUACAUUUUUGUAGGCGCACUGGUACUCCUAAAUAAAAAUUCCAGGUCGCACAGCAAAAUAUUUAGGCACAUAUGCGAGUAAAAUGGUCGCACUGUAGAGCACUUUAUAAGGGGGAUGCCAAACUAGGAGGCAGAGGGUGUACUAGUUUUAAUUGGUUUAUGGAACUCGUCCAUGUUCAAAAGUCCUCACCACUAUUAGUAACCCAAAGAUGGUCUUGGAUAUUGAACAAAAGGUUGAGGUUGGAUUAAGGACAGCAUGUUCCAUCAUAUCUCUUACUGUAGGCAGCUCACCCAGGGGACCAUGGGUAAGGAGAGGUUUGUUUUCCAACCAGGGGGUCUAAUAAUCAACGUUAUUGUUGUAACAAGUUAUGCAAACAAAAUCUUUUUGGGGUUUUCAAGGGGGGCUAUUUAACGAAAAAAAAAGUUUUGCCUUGAGGUGGAGUGCAGCUUUGCAGGGAGUUAGAGAUGAUUGCAAAGGCUUUUAAAAACAUGCAAAGGAAAUUAAUAGGAGAGUGGAAUCUUCCAGACUUUACUGUGGGGGCCUGAGCACAUGUCACGACAAUACAACUCACAGAUGGGCAACUUUCUGAGUAGCAAGCCUUCAGGUGGCCUUGACAAGUUUUAUUGUUUGGAAAGAAUCUGAGCCAUUUUAAGGCCAACCCACUCCUUUAUGAGUGUCUGUGGCUGUACGUGUCAGAGUUGACCAAGAGGAUGCAGACUGACCCUGUAGGAAGGUGGGCUGCCUUCCUCUCACCAUUUACACCCCAGCUGUGUCUUUCCUGUGAGGCCACUAUGAGGCGGCGCUCCUAGUGGCCGGUGAUUUUUAAUGCAGGAAAACUGAAAUCCGUCUUACCUAAUUUCUACCAGCAUGUCACCUGUGCAACUAGAGGUGAAAGAAAACUGGAUCACCUUUACUCCACACACAGAGACGCAUACAAAGCUCUCCCUCACCCUCUAUUUGACAAAUCUGACCAUGACCUCCUGAGUCCUGCUUACAAGGAAAAACUCAAACAGGAAGUACCAGUGAUGUGCUCAAAACGGAAGUGAUCCAAUGAAGCGGAUGCUAAGCUACAGGACUGUUUCGCUAGCACAGACUGGAAUAGGUUGCAGGACCCAUCCGAUGACAGUCACCGGCUUCAAUAAUAAGUGCAUCAACGUUUUCAUCCCCUACAUGAUCGUACGUACAUAUCCCAGGUCGCAGUUGUAAAUGAGAACUUGUUCUCAACUGGCUUACCUAGUUAAAUAAAGGUGAAAUAAAAAAAUAAAAUAAAAAAUCCCAACCAGAAGCCAUGGAUUAAAAUGCAACAUCCGCACUGAGCUAAAGACUAGAGCUUCCGCUUUCAAGGAGAGGGGCACUAACCCGGACGCUUAUAAGAAAUCCCGCUACACAAUCAGACGAGCCAUCAGGCAAAGCGUCAACACAGGACUAAGAUCGAAUUCGACUACACCAGCUCUGAUGCUCGUCGGAUGUGGCAGGGCUUGAAAACUAUAACGGAUUACAAAGGGAAACCCAGCCGCGGGCUGCCCAGUGACGCGAGCCUACCAGACGAGGUAAAUGCCAUCUAUACUCGCUUUGAGGCAAGCAACACUGAACCAUGCGUGAGAGCAUCAGCUGUUACGGACGACUGUGUGAUCACGCUCUCCGUAGCCGAUGUAAGACCUUUUAAAUAGGUUAAAAUUCACAACGCCACAGGGCUAGACGGAUUACCAGGACGUGUACUCAAAGCAUGCGCUGACCAGCUGGCAAGUGUCUUUACUGACAUUUUCAACCUCACCCUGACCCAGUCUGUAAUGACUACAUGUUUCAAGCAGAUCACUAUAGUCCCUGUGCCCAAUAACAUCAAGGUAACCUGUCUAAAUGACUAUCGCCCCGUAGCACUCACAUCUGUAGCCAUGAAAUGCUUUGAAAGGCUGUUCAUGGCUCACAUCAACACCAUCAUCCCAGACACCCUGGACCCACUCCAAUUCGCAUACCGCCCCAACAGAACCACAGAUGACACAAUCUCUAUUGCACGCCACACUGCCCUUUCCCACUUGGACAAAAGGAACACCUACGUGAAAAUGCUGUUCAUUGACUACAUCUCUGCAUUCAACACCAUAGUGACCUCCAAGCUCAUCACUAAGCUAAGGACCCUGGGACUGAACACCUCCCUCUGCAACUGGAUCCUGGACUUCCUGACGGGACGCCCCCAGGUGGUAAGUGUAGGAAAUAACACAUCUGCCACGCUGACCCUCAACACGGGGGCCCCUCAUGGGUGUGUGCUUAGUCCCCUCCUGUACUCCUCUUCACCUACAACUGCGUGGCUGCGCACGACUUCCAACACCAUCAUUAAGUUAGCAGACGACAUGAUGGUGUAAGGCCUGAUCACCAACGCCAAUGAGACAGCCUAUAGGGAGGAGGUCAGAGAACUGGAAGUGUGGUGCCAGGACAACAACCUCUCCCUCCUUCAGCAAGACAAAGGAGCUGAUCGUGGAAUGCAGGGAAGAGGAUGCCCCCAUUCAUAUCGAAUGGGCUGUAGUGGAGUGGGUCGAGAGCUUAAAGUUCCUCGGUGUCCACAUCACUAAGGAUCUAUCAUGGUCCAAACACAGUCGUGAAGAGGGCACGACAAUGCCUCUUCACCCACAGGAGGCUGAAAAGAUUUGGCAUGGGCCCAACAGAUCCUCAAAAAGUUCUACAGCUGCACCAUUGAGAGCACCUUGACUGGCUGCAUCACCAUUUGGUAUGCCACUUCCACCCCACCCACCUUGCCUACUCUAUUCAGACCCAAGGUCACUUCUCUGCCCAGGAGGAUGGACAGACAGACAGCUGGGUGACUGUAACAGUUAACCGCUUCCUCCUCCAAAUUUACUGUUGACUUUGAUACAAUUUGUGAGUCCAUCUCCUGAAUGCCAACUGCAUCUCUGACUGUAAUGCAACACAGCAUUACAUUUUGCAUUAACCCCCAUGUUUGAGUCGCUGUAUAAAAAAAAUCUGCAAAAGAAUGAUGCAUGGCGGCAUUGUUAUAGAGCAGAGUAACUGGAGGUUGGUUACGGAGGUGAGGGCUUCUCUGCGGCAGCUUCAAUUGGAGUCUGCACUUGAGUGAUUCCUGUUCGCCCAAAGCUCCUAUCACCCCCAUACCCCCACCCCACCACAACCCAAAAUAGCUGUCAUUGUGCCUCGCUGGCGAUGUGUUGCCAUUUCCUGCCGCUGGAAGUGAACUGAGCUGUGACGUUGUUGCUGGGGGUCUUAUAGCAAGGUCACACUCUGCCAUCCCCCCUCGGUGCUGACGCACAGACAUUCGAAACACAGGCAAGGAUAUGCAGAUACUAAACCUCCCUGCGCACACAUGCACUAACACACACACACACACACACACACACACACAGAGGCACUGACUAACAUUCAUACUCAGUCCCAUAUAUGCACACACUCAAGCUGAUGUCUGGAGAUGCAAAUGCUAAAUCUGUCCCACUAACCAGGCACUCACAGCCAAACAUACUGAAACACAGCAGUUUUCAGAACAUUUUGUCCCUUCCCUCCUCAUCCCCCUCUCAUGGUAUUCAGGGUGACUUGGUCCCUCCUCUUCCUCCCUCUCUCUCACUGUGUCUCCCUCUCAGCCUCAUCUAAUGCUUUCUUUCCACUGGGCUUUUUGCCCAGACAGCGACAUCGGUUUCCCCUUCCAAUGUCUCCAAUGUCAGCUCUAAAAAUAUUCUUCCACUUUAUCCAAACAACAGCAAAAAAUGCUGUUCUUGGACUACGAAUGGCUGUAAUCCCUUGUCAGAGUAUCUCUCUCUCAUGCCCUUCAUUUUAGAUACAAUAAAGUCUACACAUCUUGCUGGGUUCUUCAGCAAGUCUGACAUUGCACACCCACAACCCAUUUGGGUCUAGCUUUCACUGCUUUUUUUAAAUGAUUUUGUCUGCAGACUCCACAGAGAUAUAAUACACAUUGCUUAGCUUUCAGUAUCAUGGGGGUAUUGGUGAUUAUUUAGUCAGCCUAUCAGAGUGAACCUGACGAGAGUGAACCUGCAAGUAAGCAUUUCAUUGUACUGUGUACCAUGUGUAUCCAGUGCAUAUGACAAAUAAACUUGACUUGACAAUAUCUACUACCUAGUUUUCUUUUGGUUAAGUUAAGAGAAAGCUCUACUGCCUUAAAACGUGCUUGGUUUCUUGACUGUAACAAACUUACUGUAGGUUUGCAAUACUAUGAUUUGCUCUUGUAUAAUUUCCCCAUUUUGUAAUCACUUAAAAGCAGCUUUGGCACCAUGCCUUCCAAAGCUAUUAAAUUUAGCAGCAUGAAAUACUUUGAUCAGACCCAGGACUUUAACUGUGUGUUUUUGUCCUUUCCUCAGAUCUUCCCGGACCCCUCGGACUUCGAGCGCUGCUGUAAACUGAAAGACCGCCUGCCGUCCAUCGUAGUGGAGCCCACGGAGGGGGAAGUGGAGAGCGGCGAGCUGCGUUGGCCACCGGAGGAGUUCAUUGUCAGUGAGGAGGAGAAGGAGAACCAUGGCAAAAGCCAAACUGGCCAGCCGAUGCAGAACAACCAGCACUAG